UAAACUCUUAUUAUUCUUGCUCUUUGAAAAACUGUCGACCGUCUUUUUUCCCGCAAUGAACACAGGUAAGAUAGCACACGUCGACGAAGCGUGGUUCAAAGCUAACUAUAAGCUUUUCCCAUCCCUCAACACUCAAAGACCACUUGUUGCUUGCCUCGACCAGUGAUUCUCACCUCUUUAUGCCAUAAGAUAUUGGUGACAAGUUGAGAAAUAGUUUUUAACAUGGAAUAUGCGCGAUCCGUGUACACUACUAUAAUUUCAGUCUCUUAACGCGCGCAUUAAACCGUCAAUUGACACUUCCUUUCGGUGCAGACUGCUCUCGCGGGCAAAAAUCGGCCGUCAAGAACGUGAUCUCGAGGAGCCACUUUCACGAGAUACGAAAGUCACUCGACGGAGAUACAUAUCGAAAAUUCAUGUUCACUGGUUCGGUUUUUUUGGCUGAAUAUCCACGAGGAAAGAACGAGCACACUUUUUCGACACGCACAGUCGCGUGUCAGUAUCCACAGCGGUUCUCGACGAUGAUUGAAACAUCCGCAAGGAGACCGCGUUAUGAACAAUACACGGACGAUACGGACAAUUGUCGAAGUACACUGUGUCGCAGACCCGCCUCGACUGUAUGCACGCCGAGGUAGCGCGCAUUUUCGUAGGCGUGGAGCGGCGAUUUAAAACGGGAAAAUUAAGGACGAUUGACACUGAACUGCCGCACGUCGGGUCACGGCAGCCAUUGCGCGUCCCGAGGCACACGCACGCCGCCUCACACGAAACAGCGCCAUCCCACUUCAUUUUUCUAUACAGUGUCUUAGCAGUACUGCAACAAAUUUUUGUUAUUGUAGAACAGAAGUAUUUGAUGUUACCGAUUGAUCAAAAUCCUAGGUUAGAAGAAAUGGCGGGAUGAAAUAGAUUAAAUAUAGCAUAAUUUUCAGCGGCGCAAAAUCUAGCUGACAGAGAGAUUAUGGAGUACAAGUUGUUUACUCAACGACAAGUAAUAUGAGUAUAAAGGGACAGUCAGGUUGUGUAACCCGAUUAUUUCGUUAAAAUAUCUCGGUAUGUUACUGUGUACAUUAUGGUUCAUUGGCGUGUUCAUUGCUUCCAUCGUUCUCGAGUUUUCCGCCCUUGGCUCGCCGGUCAUCAAUUCAUCAGAUACUUCGACAGAACAGAAAGUCUUCCAUGAUUGCCAGAACACUGAUUACAGGACCUAUAUACAAUGUCUCAAGAGACAAAAGAGGCAUCAUUUCGAUCAUGGACAUCCAGACAUACAUAAUGGAGAUUAUGAUCAUGAAUGUAUGGAAUCAUGCUUGAAGAAAUGUAAUUUCAAUUGUGAUACAGCAUGUAAACAUUGUAUAAGGAAAACAAAACAUAGACACCAAAUAAUUACAGAAUAUGAAACUGAAUGUAUUUCUGGAAAAUGUACAGAACAGAAGAAGGAAGAUUUACCAAAUGCCAAUAUUACCACUAACAUUAAUAUUCAUAACAUUAUUAACGGAAGUCUAUCAUGUUGUAAUUCAGGAACUGUGUGUCCACCAAAAGUUACAUGUCCACCAUCAUCAUCAACACCAUAUUCAUCAUCUACACUAUCGCCGUCAUCAUCUACGCCACAUACGCUAUAUCCGCCAAAUCCGCCACAUCCGCCACAUCCGCCACAUCCGCCAUUUCCACCAUUUUUACCAUUUCCACCAUUUCCACCAUUUCCACCACUACUGCCACCUCUGCUACCAUUGCCAUUUCCACCUCCUCUGCCACCACCGCCACCCCCGCUAUUUCCGCCACUGCAACCACCUCUACCAAUAUGUCCUUCACAAACAUGUUACCCUUAUAGUUUUAUGUAUGGUCAAAAUAAUUUUGGAUGUCAAUAUUGGAAUCCACAUCCUUGCAUUCAAACUUGGACAAAUCCAGUAGGACCAAUUGAUUGUUCCGGUUGUGGUUAUAAUUAUACUUAUAAUUCUAAGUGUCAUAUUUUUUGCUAUUAUACAACAUAUACAAUCCAAUCUUCAAAUUGUAAAAAUCCAUACUGCGUGGAUGGUACUUAUGGAUAAUGAAUAUUACAGAAAUUAAACAUUUUAUAUACAAAGGUGUAAGGAGUAUCUUAAAUAAAAUAAAAAUAUUAGAUUAGAAAAUAUAUUAUCAUUAAUUGAU